GGAGAGAGGGAAAGUGCUCGAACAUAUAUGAAGCUCCCGGCCCCCCAACGGUCCUCCACUUAGCGAGCAUUAACAAAAGUAACAGCAGAGCUUCUCAAAACGAAUAGAUUGUUCGAAGAUUACCUUAGACGUUCGUCCAGGAACUAUUUCCCGAGUACAACACAAUGGCCUAAGCUGCAGCCUGAAGAUGACUUCUAAUGUAUCGGCUCACCUGUCGGACGAGGGUUUACAAGCAAAAACUAUCAUCAAGAUGUUCCAGUUCCUUGCCUUUUGCGAAGGCUCCCGAAGACCAGAAGGUGGCAGUGGAUGCCUGCAGUCUGAUGGCUGCCCUGAAAGCAUGCGGCCGCUCGAAGGACAUAAAAGGUGGCCAGGAAAUUCAUGCAACUGUUUUGAAGAGCGGCCUCUUUCCGUGGAAUACAUCACUGGGGAACUCAUUGGUGAACAUGUAUGCGAAAUGUGGGAACAUGCCGGAAGCUCACAAGGUGUUUCACCAGAUGCCGGUUCACAGUGUCGUAUCGUGGAACACGCUCAUAGCUGGCUACGCAGUCAAUGGAGAGUGUGAAGUUGCUCUCCAGCUCUUUGAAGAUAUGAGACGAGAAGGCAGCGAACCAAACGCUCGAACGUAUCUUCCUGCACUGAUGGCCUGUUCCAGCUGGGCGACAAAGGAAGAAGCCAUGGAAGUCGGUGGGAAGCUUGUGAAGAUGGGAUGCUUACAGAAGGGAAUGGCGAUUCACUCUCAAGCUCUAUCAAAUAACUAUCGCUCGGACGUCUUCAUUGGAAGUAUGCUCGUUACUACGUACGCGAAGUGUGGCAGCAUGGUGGACGCUCGUAUGGCCUUCGACAAGAUGCCGUCACCUGAUCUUGUAGCAUGGAAUGCACUGCUACAAGGAUAUGUGGAUAACGGGGAGAGCGAGCUAGCGUUGGAUUUAUUUUCUGUCAUGGCAUCACUGGAACUGGAAGCAGAUACUCGAACUUUUGUCGCUGCGCUCAUGGCUUGUGGUAACUUGGCAGACAAAGAAGAAGGGAAGAGACUUAACGGGAAGCUUGUCAAGGCUGGAAGCAUGGAGAGAGGAAAAGAGGUACACGUCCAGGCUUCAACUAGUGGUUGUUGCUCAAACUUGUUCGUUUCAUGCAGCUUGAUCGACAUGUACGUCAAGUGUGGCAGCUUGAAGGAUGCCUUUGCGGUCUUUGAGAGCAUGCCUCGUCACGACGUUGUGUCCUGGACCGCGCUGAUCUUGGGGUAUGCGGAGAGUAACGAGGCUGAAGUGGCUUUGGAACUUUUUGAGCGGAUGAAGGACGAAGGCUGCUUGCCAGAUUCUCGUACUUUCGUUGCAGUGAUGGUGGCUUGUGGGAAUCUUGCUGGGCACCAGAACAACCAACAGGUCAUGCUUGAAGUUGGGAGAAAGUUACAUACAGAGGCUGCAAAGCAGGGAUUCAGCUCGCACUUACGGGUCGCGAACACGAUGGUGGACAUGUAUGCAAAGUGUGGGAGCCUGGAAGACUCUCGCAGAGUUUUCGAGCAGAUGGCUCAACGAGAUGUGGUCUCGUGGAAUGUUAUCAUUCUGGGGUGCUUGGUAAACGGAGACGCAGAGAUGGCCUGGAAGCUGUUUGAGCGUAUGCAAGGCGAAGGCUGUACACCGAAUGGUGGCACCUUUGUAGCAGCAGCAAUGGCUUGUGGUCGACUAGCAGGAAAAGUGGAAGGGGAGAGAAUCAACGGAAGGGUGGUGAAAGUAGAGUGGCUACAGAAGGCAACGGAUAUAUACUCACAGGCCAAGAAAGGUGGAUUCGAUGUGCAUGUGUUCGUUGCCAGCGCACUGGUGGAGAUGUUUGGAAAGUGUGGAAGCAUGAUCAGCGCGCGAGCAGUUUUCGAGAAGAUGACCUUUCACGACUUAGUGGCUUGGAAUGGGCUGAUCGUAGGCUAUGCAGGGAAUGGUGAGGCGGAGCUGGCUCUUGCAGCGUACCAGCAAAUGCGGGAGGAAGGUCGGUUUGUGCCAAACAGCCGGACUUGUGUCGCUCUGCUCAUGGCCUGUGGAGAGCUGGCGGCUCUUGAAGAAGGGACAGCAAUUUACGCAGAGAUUUGCAGGAACGGACUCGAGGACGAAGAGUUUGUUGCUACUGGUCUAGUGGACUUCUACGGGAAGUGCGGCAGCACCAGCAAAGCUCGUCGAGCUUUCGAUUCGAUGAAGAACACGGACUCGGUGACUUGGAGCGCUCUCUUGGCUGGAUACAGUUCUGCUGGUGAUACGGAGCAGGCUCUACAGUUUUUUCAGGAGAUGGUGGCCAAAGAAGAUGGUGGUGUCGAUGGAGUCGCAUUGCUGUGCGUCCUGAGUGCCUGCAGCCGCGCUGGUCUUGUGGAGAAAGGAAAAAGGCUGUUCCGAAGGAUGGCAUCUGGGGAGUUUGGCAUUCAACCUGGGAUCGAGCACUAUCAUUGUUUCAUCGACAUGCUGGGACGAGCUAAUAUGGUACAGGAUGCUACAGAAGCUGCGAAGAGAAUGCCUUUUCCUGCAACUGCCGUUACUUGGACGACCAUCUUAGGCGCUUGCUUGAAGUGGAAAGAUCUGGAAAUGGGGAAGGUUGCGUUUGACAAGUUUUUGGAGACUGAUACUCAGCAUCCGGCAGCAUACUCUUUGAUGGCGAAUCUGUACGGCAGUGCUGGGAUGUGGCAAGAGCAAAAGAAAGUUUUGGAGCUGACGAGGAGACGACAUUGCUUGAUAUCUGAAUUUAUCAAAUCAAAUAUGACAGGAGGUGAGCACCUCAACUUGAAGUCUAGGAGAACCCACUGCUUCAAGCGGCGUCUUCAACCAGAUGACGGCACCAGCAGCUUCCUCGAGCGCAUUCUGCCCGCUAGCUUUCCAGUCGAAGCCGUGGAUCAAGUUUGCCAGAGCCAGCUGAACAGUUUUAAGUCCGAGGCCCAUUCCCGGACAAGCUCUUCGUCCGGAGCCGAACGGAAGCAGCUCAAAAUCCUGACCUUUGACGUCCAUGGAACUGCCAAGGAAUCUCUCCGGGCGAAACUCGAGGGGCUUGUCCCACAGUGCUGGAUCUCGUCCGAUGGCUGGAACAGGGACAUGGAGUCGAAAUGCUUCCUUGAUAAUGGCUUGGAGAUAAGGCAAGCGUGGAAGAUCGGCCUCGUCCACCAUCCGGGAGCGUCCAACAACGGAGUCGAGCUCCUCAUGAGCUUUGGUCAAGACGUGUGGAGCACGAAACUUGUCCUGGUCAGCGUGCAGCCUCCUCAUGUGAUAAACGCUCAAGUCCAUCCACCUGAGAUAGGCUGGAACAAACUCGCUGAUGUGAAACUGCAGGGAGAUCUCUGUGAUCUCGCUCAAGACGGCCUUGAAAACACUAGCUUCGCUGGAAUCAAUGCCUUGCAACUCCUCUCCUUGGUGCUGGAACAUGUGAGAGAGCUCCUCCAAGCGCAGCGAGAGGAAAGAAUCAAUCCUUUUAGCGGUGAAGAGCUCCAAAGUGUAGAGUUUCCGCAACUUCUUCCAGUGAUCACCGUAACCUGCGAGGGACAUCCCCAUGAAGUGGUAGCCAACAUCCUCUCCGACAAGAAAGUAAGGCCUGGAAGCAAAUGUCAAAUCCUGAUUCUUGAGUACUUCUUUUGCCAGAUCAACGCUAGAAACCACCACAGCAGGGAUAAUCCCAAGUCGCAGGAAGAGAAUGGAGCCGUGCUUCUUGGCCAGUGCUUGGAGGGAUUGGUGAAAGAGGCGCUUCUUUUUCCCUCGGUGAUCUCCAAGACUGUUGCUUACGGAACGUUUUUCUUUCACGAUCUUGACUACCCGAGCCUGGCAAAGAAGAAAUUACGAGGCCCGCAACCUCAAGAACACCUGCACAUCGAGGAUGACAGACAGCGGCGGGAUCAUCUUGUUGGUGGAGAUGAUCGCGUAGCCCGCGGCGGAUCUAAACGCGCCGGUGCCACCGAUGACGGCGAUCUCGCGCUCCCGGUCCAGAACAUUGUCCUGCCCGUGCAAGCUGAUGGUCCCGUUGUUGAGCACCGCCGUGAAUGUGAUGAAGAGGCCCAGGCUGGAGAUGGAGGCCGAGUCGCUCAUGUAGAAGCCCUGUGCUCGGCCGACGAGGGGCGAGUCCGGGGAUGGCCCCUCGGUGAGCUUGUCGUCGAUCACCAUCACGGAUCCCAGCGAUGCCAAUGUGGCGAGGUUGUUCUUUGGGCCGGCGACGAGCGCGGUGGUGGCGUUGGCUGGGUUCUGGAGAUUUACCAUGUCGUGCAUGAAGAAGUGGAGCCUGGUGGUGCUGGAUCCAUCGCGCUCCACUCCUGCUGCGCAGAUCAAGCAAGAGAAACAAGAGAUUGUCGCUGCUGCUGCCAGAGCGCCAUGGAUGCUGAGAUCGAGAAUCUAGGGCAGAAUAUGCUUGUGCUCGGUUCCACCCUGUUUUUGGAAUUCCCGGGUAGGCACCACCAAGAGCUUCAGGAGAGUCGGCCAACGAGCCUCUCUGCGAGGCACAGGUUUUCCAAAGAUCACAUCCAAGACGGCGAUCCAGAGGGGCGGAACAGGUUGAGGCAGGCGAUCGAGGAUCUUGCCCGAAAUCCUGGCCUGGCCAGCGAGCGCGGGCUUUUCUCCGACCUGCUCAAGGAAUGCGGCAAUGCGGCGGCGAUCGCGGAGGGCCGGCGCGUCCACUCGAUCGCGGCGAGCUGCGGCCUGGACAGGGAUCGGUACGUGGGCAGCUUCUUGAUCCAGAUGUAUGGCAGAUGCGGCAGCGUCGUCGACGCGCGAGCGGUCUUCGACAAUCUCCUCGCCCAGAAUCUCUUCUCCUGGACCAUCCUGAUCGGCGCCUACGCGCAGAAUGGCUGCGGCAGCGAGGCCAUCGCCGCGUUCCGGGCCAUGGACUGCGAGGGCAUCCAUCCGGACGAGAUCACGCUUCUCAAUGUCCUCGGCGCCUGCUCGAUCUCUGGAAAUCUCGGGGCUGGCAAGCUGCUCCACGCAAGGAUCUCGUCCCAGGGCUACGACCGGGAUCACGUCAUCGUCUCGGCGCUGAUCAACAUGUAUGGCAAGUGCAAGCGGCUCGAUCAAGCGCGAGAGCUUUUCACAAAGGCGAACAAGAGAGAUCCGGUGGCCUGGAACUCGAUGAUCGCGGCAUAUGCCCAAAACGGGCAUCCAGCCCAGGCGGUGGAGCUCUACACAGAGAUGGAGACCCAAGGCGUGGAGAGGAACAAGGUGACGUAUGUGACAGUGCUCAGUGGUUUGACCACUCCAGGAUCGCUGGAAGAGGGGAGAAGAGUCCACUCUCGAGUUGCGGGUGCCGGUUUGGAGGGCGAUGUGAUCGUCGGCACUGCGCUGGUGAACAUGUAUGGCAAAUGCCAGAGCGUGGAGGAGGCCCGAGCAGCGUUUGAGAAGAUCUCUCGGCCCAACGUCGUGUCCUGGAGUGCGAUGCUUGCCGCGUAUGCCCAGAACGGACAUGCGAGGAUGGCGCUGGAGCUCUACCGGGAGAUGGGCUCCGCGAGGAAGGGGAUGACUCCAAACCGGGUGACGUUCAUCACCCUGCUCGAUGCUUGCUCGUUUCUGGGAGCUCUCGCGGAAGGGAGGAAGAUCCACGCCGCCGUCGCCGAGAGGGGCUUUGACACGGACUUGGUCGUGAGCAAUGCCCUGGUGAACUUCUACGGGAGGUGUGGCGCACUGGGCGAUGCCAAGAUCGUGUUUGACGGCAUGAGGAGGAGGGACGUGAUCUCGUGGUCGUCGAUGAUCUCGGCUUUUGCUCAGCGCGGUCGCGUGGACGAGGCGAUGGAGCUUUACCACCGGAUGCUUAGCGAAGGAACUCUCCCCGACGACAUCAUCUUCAUCAGCGUUCUCUUCGCGUGCAGCAACUCGGGGGUGGUGGAGGCCUCGGGGGAUUUCUUUCGGUCGAUUGUUGGAGACACUCAGGUUGAGCCGACGCUGGAGCACUACGCGUGCAUGGUGGACGUUCUUGGCCGGGCUGGGAAGCUCCGCGAUGCCGAGGAUUUGCUCCGGCUCAUGCCAUUCCAUCCGGGGCCGCUGCUCUACAUGACGAUGCUCAGCGCUUGCAAGCUCUACACGGAUGUGGAGAGAGGAGAGGCCGCUGCCGAGGUGGUCUUCGAGCUCGACCCCGAGAAUUCGUCUCCAUACAUCACGCUUGCCAACAUCUACUCGGCGGCUAAACGGCCCAAGGACGCGGCCAGGAUCCGGAAGCUUAUGGAGGAGCGGGGAAUAAAAAAGAAGCCUGGAUGCAGUUGGAUAGAGGUCUUGGAUCGAGUGCACGAGUUCAUUGCCGGAGACAAGAUGCAUCCGCAGAGAGACGAAAUUUACGCGGAGAUCCAGCGGCUGGGCAGGCAAAUGAAGGAAGCAGGGUACUUCCAAGACACCAAAGUGGUGCUCCAGGAUGUCGAGGAGGACGAGAAGGAGAACUUGCUUUGGUACCACAGCGAGAAGCUGGCUAUUGCAUUUGGGCUCAUUAGCACCCCUCCAGGCGCUCCGCUGCGGAUCGUCAAAAACUUGCGGGUGUGCUCGGACUGCCAUGCCGCUACCAAGGUCAUCUCCAAGGUCACUGGGCGAGAGAUCUUGGUCCGGGACACAAACCGGUUCCAUCACUUUCAGAAUGGCAUGUGUUCGUGUAACGAUUAUUGGUGAUAUAUAGGAAACAAAAUCUAGACUGUAAA